CACCGUCGAGUAUUGUUAGUAAUAUGCGUGUAUUGACCCAUGCGCACUACAACUGUCAGAGAGUCAGAGAGUAAAGAUGGCAAUGAGAGGUGGCAGAGGAAUCCUUUUCCUCGGAAUUUCGUGUAUUUUCUUAUUAAAAUUGUGUAAUGGAGCCGCGACAGACAUUGAAUUAGACGCGAAAGCACAGUUAUUACAUAGGCUCGAUAGUUUGAAUCUGUUAUUGUACACAUUUUUACUAAUAUUAACUGUUUUAACAAUAUGGACAUUUAAGCACCGUCGUCUUAGGUUCCUCCAUGAAACUGGUCUAGCUGUCAUUUACGGAUUAAUUAUUGGAGCAAUAAUUCGUUAUGGCUUCACGUCGAGUAGUACCAUUCUCCACAUGCCCGUUGUGCCAGACAACAGCAGUAAAUAUAAUCAAUCAGUUCCUCCAGACACGUUAUGGCUACGUUUUCCAGAAGACAAAGGAGGUGGCAUCAUCAAGAAUAAAACGUUCGCUUAUUCCUUCAGAGGAGAGAUUUAUAAGCAGGAUAACGAGAUAGACUUGAAGGCUACUUUCGAUCCUGAGAUAUUUUUCAAUAUUAUUCUGCCACCGAUCAUAUUUCACGCUGGGUACAGUUUGAAACGAAAAUACUUCUUUAGAAAUUUGGGAGCAAUUCUUAUGUAUGCUUUAAUUGGUACAUCUAUAUCAGCUUUUGUUAUUGGAGCUUUGAUGUAUGCCUUUGUACGAUUACUACCGCAUCAUUCUGAUUUUACAUUUUUGGAUACUUUAUAUUUUGGUGCAUUAAUAUCUCCCACGGAUCCACUGACAAUAAUUUCUAUUUUCAAUGAUUUACACGUAGAUGUAAAUUUAUAUGCUUUAGUAUUUGGAGAAAGUGUAUUAAAUGACGCUGUUGCGAUUGUACUUAGUGGUGCCAUACAGAAUUAUGGGGAACGUUAUCAGUCGCAGUCAGGCGAAUUCGAAACCGUAGCAUUUUUCCAAGCGUUCGGCGAUUUCGUUGGAAUAUUCAGCUUGUCUCUGUUCAUUGGUGCCACCAUGGGCUGUAUCACUGCUUUGUUAACUAAAUUUACUAGGGUCAGAGAUUUUCCUCUUCUUGAAUCGGCAUUGUUCGUUCUGAUGUCUUACAGUACCUUCUUAAUUGCCGAAGCAUCCGACCUCACAGGUGUAGUCGCUGUCUUGUUCUGCGGCAUAUGUCAAGCACAUUACACGUAUAACAAUUUAAGUCCGGAUUCACGUCAACGGACGAAACAAUUGUUCGAACUUUUAAACUUUUUAGCUGAGAACUUCAUAUUCAGCUAUAUCGGUGUUUCGAUGUUCACUUUCCCGAAACAUCACUUCGAUCCAGGAUUCAUUUUCGCAGGAUUCCUUUGCGCGUUGUUAGGUCGCGCAGCUAACGUGUAUCCGUUGUCUUUUAUAUUGAACCUAGCUCGUAAGCCGAAGAUAUCGUUGAACUAUCAACACAUGUUGUUCUUUGCUGGCUUACGAGGAGCUAUGAGUUUUGCUCUGGCUAUUAGGAACACUGUCUCUGAUGCUCGUCAAGCCAUGCUAACGACGACGAGCCUGAUCGUAAUUCUAACGGUCAUCUUCCAAGGCGGAGCGACGACCCAGUUUUUGAGCUGGUUUAAUAUACCAGUCGGGGUAGACGAAGAGAUAGAAGGAUUGUCACACAAUGGGAUGCGAAGUUCCGGUGGCGAAGGUGGCUUUGGAGAUCUGGACAUGCGUAGGGAGAGAAGUCCGCCGUAUAAUUCUAUGCAGGAUGGAGCACUGCCAGGCAGUGGCACGAAACCUAAUGAAAAAGCGUUACUCGCUAGAAUCUGGGGUGACUUCGAUACGCGGUACAUGAAGCCGCUGUUGACCCAUUCCAGGCCUACGUUGUUGGAAACAUUGCCAGUCUGUUGCACUCCUUUAGCCAGGAUCCUGACGACGACGCAACAAAUGACGCAGGAUGAAGGCGUUAGAAAAGCGGAUUCAGAUUCUGAUUUUUGCCUCGAAGAUCGUGAAUUAGAGCGGCGAAGGACUAGUAUUCAACCGAGAAAAAGAAAUGAUGAUGAUGAUGAUGAUGAUGAUGAUGAUGAUGAGGACCUAAGAAUCAUUGGAAUGGAAGGAUUUAUUCCAUUAAGAACGUUGUAACGAGACAGAAGCCAUUGAAAAUAAUGUUUUGUGAAGGUUAUUUUUAAAUACUUUGUACAAUAUUUGGGGGUAGGAGAAACGAUAAAGAAAUAGUUACUUCUGUAUAUACUGAAACGUCUUAAUGAUACCUUUAAUUUGUUUGUACUUAUUGAUGUUAAACGAAAUUCCUGUCGAACGUUCCUGUACUCUGAAACGAUCUUUUAUUACUUCAUUUCUUUUUGUUUCUGGCGCACAUUUAUUUAAAAACGACAUCUCUUAAUUCGUGUCAACGAUCACGAUCGAUGUUGUCUAAAAUUGUUACGUUUAGUACGUGCUUCUCUUAAAUGUUAGAAAUAAGUUGAAGUAAUACAAUAUUAUGCAACGAGAAUAAUUGUGCUGUAGGUACUUAUAAAUUAUCGAUGUGAUGUGUUUUUAAUGUAAAUGCAACGUACACAUUAACAACAGAUUUCAAAGGUACACGUAGCGUGAUUUUUUUGAAAGUAUUAAUGUAAGUAGGGUAAAGAAUUUCCUGAAUCUUUCAUUUGUACCAAGAAUUUAUACGAAAUUAUCGAUCGUAAAAUAUAUUGUAAUUGAACAUUAAACAUAAUUUUCAGCGUUCAGUCAAUUGUUCUCAAACUAUUCUCAGUAUGUUCCAUUAAAAAAUUCUUUUUAUUAUAUUCCGUUCACGGACGAAACGUUACGCUGCAGUCUCUCUUUAGUUUAUUUGUACACAGAUAUGCUGGAGAAGGACCUGAUUUGUGUCUAUCACUUACAAUGGAUGUUAUUGCAUGCUGCCUGAGAAACCAAAUUACCAUUCAAGGCAUUCAUUUUCACGUCGAACAUGCUCUUUAUAAAUUGCCGCUUGCACACUAUUUAUGCCUACUGUAGAAACACUUAGAAACAAUUCUUUACACCCGCUUUUCAUACAUUAUUUACAGAUCCCCCUCUAUGCGAUUACACUCACCUCUUAAUAUUUAAUUCUUGGUGUAUUGUUCACAUAGCACUGCGUAUGAUUUUAUGCACAUGUGCUCGAGUUCAUUUAAUGCGUGUAUAUAAAAAAGAAAAAUGUUCAAGUGUUACGGCACUCUGUGUAAAACAGGAUAAAUUGACGUUAAACUACUGUGCAAUCGGCAAACGAUCUUUUCCACUGAACGAGCAACGUUUUAUGUCUAUUAUAAUUUUAUAAAAGCAAGCGCUUAUUUUGAUUACGUAUUAUCAAUCGUACUGUACAUAUUCUUUUAUAUUUAUUUAAUUAUUAGUCUGUAUCGCUUAUUUGUAUUUGGUUUCUCCACAGACACAUGUAAGGGGCUCUCCAAACAGAACUCAUUUAUAGAAGUGAAUGUAUAAUACAGUUUAUUAAGUUGUAUACAUUUUUGGGAAUUUGGCUCGAAUUAUUUUAAGCAUCCAGCGGUAUCCUCGUUACUAUCCAAUAUGCCAUAAAUGUUUAUAAUUACUUAACAUUAACACACGUUGCUUCACACAAAUCUUAAUUCAGUAUGUUUAAUUUAUAACAUUUAUAAUUUUCUCUGUCGAAGAGAAUGUUAAUUUCGUCAAAUACGUUGCGAUCAACGUCUCGCAAUCAGAUGACAUUGAGUCAGAAAAUUUGAGCAUAUGCAACAUACGUAUAAGUAUGAAAUUGCUGGUGUCGAAUAUUACGGUAUUAUUGUUGUACUAUAAUUUCUAUAAAUGUUCUUUAUAUUUUUCUGCUAUUUACUUUUUUUCGGAAAUAUUGUUUAAUAUUUUGGAUAACGAAAGACAUUGGCAACAAAAGGUCGAAUGUAAGUAUUGUAUCAAGAAUCAAAUAAUAAGGAGCAGGCGAGAUAACGUGUCUGUGCUGAUUAAAAAAAAACAGUAUUGUCGUGUAGAAUAAUCCAAGAAGCCGCCUUCUCCUUAUUCGUUGAUCCAUUCGUUUCAAGUACGACACUUGUACGUAGGAAUAAAUUAUGCUUCAAAUACAUUAGUUAUAAAUACGA